UUUCCCGCUUAAAGGCGGGCCGACCUCUCGUUUGGCGCUAGGCUAAAUGAACAAGCAACAGGUUUCUCUACUCGAUAUCGUCUCUUGUUCAUUGUUCCUUUUUAUUUAAAGUUCUGUGAGCUUUUAAGUUUUUUAUUUUAUUUUUUGAAAAGUAAAGGAAAAAAUGGACAUAGCCGAGGCUCAAGAGGGUCAGUCGAAAAUUAGAGACGAAGUCGGAAUCCGGUGUCAGAAGCUGUUCCAAGAUUUCUUGGCCGAGUACCGGGAAGACGGUGAGAUCAAAUAUCUAGAUUCGGCGAAGGAGCUUCAGUCAUUGGAGAGGUGUACACUCGAAGUCAGCUUCGAAGACAUUGAGAAAUACAAUCAAAACCUUGCCACUGCGAUAGUCGAAGAAUACUUAAGACUCUACCCAUAUUUGUGCCAAGCGGUGAAGAAUUUCGUCAAAGACCAUGGAGAAGUCACGGGCGACAGGGAUUUCUACGUCGGGUUCACGGAUGUACCUACGAGGCACAAAAUUAGAGAAUUGACGACGACUAAGAUCGGCUCGCUAAUAAGGAUUUCGGGCCAAGUCGUAAGGACUCAUCCUGUACACCCUGAACUCGUUGCUGGCACAUUUACCUGCCUCGAUUGCCAGACAGUUGUUAAAGAUGUGGAACAACAAUUCAAAUACACACAACCAACAUUAUGUAGAAAUACGACAUGCACGAACCGAAGGAGGUUUAUGAUCAACGUCGACAAAUCUAAGUUUGUCGACUUUCAAAAAGUCAGGAUACAGGAGACCCAGAGUGAACUACCUCAAGGGUGUAUUCCUCGAAGCGUCGAAGUAGUAUUACGUGGAGAAGUUGUAGAACUUGUCCAAGCGGGCGAUAGGUAUGACUUCACUGGGACGUUGAUCGUUCUGCCUGAUGUCGGAGCCAUUGCACUACCUGGAGCGAAAGCUGAACCUUCUAGAAAGAAUAAAUAUGGCUCUGAUGGUGUACGAGGAUUAAAAUCCUUAGGUGUUCGCGAUCUAAAGUAUAAAAUGGCCUUCCUUGCUUGCAGUGUUACUCCAACAAGCCCAAGGUUCGGUGGCUGCGGUGAACUUUUAAUGGAGGAUGUAACGCCUGAAAUGAUGAGGAAAAAUAUGUCUGAGGCCGAGUGGGCUAAAAUUUAUGAAAUGAACCAGGACAAGAACCUAUACAAAAACCUCAUUAACAGUCUUUUCCCGUCGAUCCACGGCUGUGAACAAGUCAAAAAAGGUGUUAUGCUUAUGCUUUUUGGGGGUGUCCACAAGACAACAACUGAAGGGACCCAGUUAAGGGGUGAUAUAAAUUGUUGCAUUGUAGGAGAUCCAAGUACUGCUAAAUCGCAAUUAUUGAAACAGGUUGCUGAUCUAUCACCAAGAGCGGUUUAUACAUCUGGUAAAGCUUCUUCAGCUGCUGGUCUUACAGCAGCAGUUGUGAGAGAUGAAGAAUCAGGUGAUUUUGUAAUCGAAGCCGGAGCACUCAUGUUGGCCGACAACGGUGUUUGCUGCAUUGACGAAUUCGAUAAAAUGGAUCCACAAGAUCAAGUCGCCAUCCACGAAGCCAUGGAACAACAGACCAUAUCCAUCGCCAAAGCUGGGGUAAGAGCCACUUUAAAUGCUAGAACUUCAAUAUUGGCUGCUGCUAAUCCAGUCGGGGGGCAUUACGAUCGUACAAAAUCUUUACAGCAAAAUGUCAUGAUGUCGGCACCGAUUAUGUCAAGAUUUGAUUUGUUUUUUGUUCUGAUCGAUGAGUGCAAUGAAGUGAUUGAUUAUGCCAUAGCUCGUAAGAUCGUUGGCUUGCACAACAAUAUGGAAGAAAACGUAGACAAAGUCUACAGCCAAGAAGAGGUUUUGAGGUAUAUCACAUUUGCAAGGCAGUUCAAGCCUAUGAUUAGUGAGGAGGCUGCAAAUGUCAUUGUUGAAUUGUACACCAUUCUCCGUCAGAGAGAUGGUGCCACGGGAGGCAAAUCGACAUGGAGGAUCACUGUGAGACAAUUAGAAAGCUUGAUACGUCUUUCAGAGGCAAUGGCAAAAUUGGAAUGUUUGGAUGAGGUUCAGGCGAAACAUGUCAGAGAAGCUUUUGAUCUACUGAACAAGUCAAUAAUCCGUGUUGAACAACCUGAUAUUCACCUGGAAGAAGAAGAAGCCGACGAUGCUCUGGGAACGGAAGAAACUGCGAUGGAGACGGACCAAGCAGAACUUCCCAAAAAGAAACUCACCCUUUCAUUUGAUGAAUACAAAAAACUAUCUCAACUUCUCAUUACUCACCUCAGAUCCGGAGAUGUAGAAAAGAAUGGAAUAAGAAGAAGUGAAUUAGUCAAUUGGUACCUCGAACAAAUAGGCAAUCAAAUUGAAUCCGAAGAAGAACUGGUUGAAAAGAGAAUACUCAUCGAAAAAGUCAUAGACCGACUUAUAUACCAUGAUAAUAUUAUUAUUUCGUUAACACAGUCAAAGGAAGAAGAAGAAAAUGAUGCUGAUGGAAAGGAAGAUGAAGAUAUGAUUGUUGUUGUUCAUCCCAACUACAUUCUUGAUAUUUAG